UGAUGUUCUCACCAUAUAUAUAUUACCACACUCUUGGGAAAGACUACAUAUCCCUAUAUAUAUAUAUAUAUAUAUAUAUAUAUAUCUGUGUUUCUUGGGAGAGAUUUGAUUAGGGAUGAAGUUGAGUUUAUUGCGUUUAUGUGUUGUGUGGACUAUAUGGGUGAUGACGACGUUAUUAUUAUUAGAUUGUGAGCUGAGCGGGAGGCCAUGCGUAUUAGGUUGUAUGGAAGAUGAGAGAGCUGCGCUGCUUAACCUCAAAGCCGCCUUCAACUCCCUGAACGGAACUGCUCUUCCCUUGUGGCAUGCCAAUAGCCGAGACUGCUGCCGAUGGGAGGGAAUUAAGUGCGACAACAUUGCCAAUACUAUGCGGGUGACCGAACUCUACCUCAAUGGCACACGAGAUAAUGAUGAACUCUUGUUGCCGUGGUUGCUUGAUGCAUCCUUGUUCCUUCCUUUAGAGGAACUACAAGUACUCGACCUGAGCUCAACUGCCGGCCUCGCUGAUAUACACGCAGGUUUUACAAGUACCUUGAGACUGAAGAACCUACGAUCAUUAAAUUUAAAUGACAAUCUUUACCUGGAGCAACUUCCGAACUUGGAUGGGCUACCUUCUCUCACGGAGAUCUUUUUAAGUGCUAAUUCAUUUGAGAAUUUGAAUCAUCUUAAAGGGUUGAAACUGGAGACACUUGAUCUUGCCUUUAGUAAUCAUUUGAGCAGCGAGGAUGAGCUCUUGAUCAUCUGCAAUAUGACAUCUCUUAAACACCCGUCAAUCAGAGAGAAUAACCUGGAUGACUCAAUAUUUGAAGGUUUUACCAACACCUUAAGAUUGAAGAACCUACAAUCGCUAGAUUUAAGUGGCAAUGUUCUGAAGCAAGUUCCGAACUUGAAUGGACUACCUUGUCUCACGGAUUUAUAUUUAAGUGAUAAUUCACUGGAGCACUUGAAUCAUCUUAAAGGGUUGAAGCUGGAGACACUUGAGCUUUCGUGGAAUGAAAUGAGCCGUGAGGGUGAGCUCUCGGUCAUUUGGAAUAUGACAUCUCUUAAGCACUUAUCAAUCGGAUUUAAUCAUCUGAGUGACCCAAUAUUCGAAGGUAAAACAAGCUUGUGUGAAUUGAGGGGCCUUGAGGAGUUGGAUAUUAGUGGAAAUGCAUUCGCGGGCAGCAUCCCACCGUGCCUUUCCAACAUGACCUCCCUCUAUACACUCGGCCUUUCUUAUAAUCAUUUCAGGGGUGCCAUUCCACCUUCCCUCCUCUCCAGCCACAGGUCUCUUGAAUAUAUAUCUCUUUCUGGGAACGCUUUUGAAGGCUCGUUUUCACUUGCUUCAUUGGCUAAUAACUCUAAGCUCAAAGUGUUCGAUCUUAGAGACAACAGCCGUAGACUGAUAUUGGAAACCGGGGAGGCUCCACUUCCUUCGUCACAUCAGUUAGUCGACUUUCGCCUAUCAAACUGCAUUUUCGACAAACCGCAUGGCUUUGUUCCCAGUUUUCUAAUGCAGCAGCAUGACCUGGUAGUACUUGAACUCAGCUACACCAACUUAGGCGGACAGUUCCCGAGUUGGUUACUGGAGAAUAACACAAAGCUACAAGUCUUCAAUCUUAUGGGCAACUCUUUCUCUGGUAACUUAAACAGCUUGAAUUCCAGUCUCUUCAAUGAUGAAAUGCAGAAGAUCGAUGUGUCCUCCAAUUCUAUUGAAGGAGAGCUCCCUUCUUAUUUUGGUUCCAUCUUUCCAAGAUUAAAGUAUUUAAACAUGUCCAGGAAUUCCAUCAAAGGUAGAAUUCCUUCUUCACUUUGCCAGACGUCCCAAUGGUUGGUGUCUGUAGACUUGUCGAGUAACAAAUUCGUAGGAGAGCUACCGGAGCAACUAAUGCGUUGUCCAUCACUAUGGCACUUGCUUUUGUCAAACAAUAGUUUGAGUGACAAUCGGUCCUCUGCAGAGAUUUCAUCGAGGUUGCUCGAUAGCUCUCCCUUAUAUUUCUUAGACUUGAGCAGCAACAAAUUUUCGGGACCUAUACCAAAUUGGAUUGGAGGCUUUCAGGGAAUAGGUGUCCUUAUAUUGGCGGAUAAUUCCUUCAGGGGCACCUUGCCGUCGAGCUUUUGCAACCUGGAACUUAAGUACUUGGACCUCUCCGGUAAUGAUCUCGGUCCCAGCAUGCUUUCCUGUGUAAAUGCCUCAAGAAUAACACAUUUGCAUUUAGAAAGAAACAACCUUAGAGGACCAUUACCAGGGUUUCUUCAUGAUGCUUCAUCGAUGGUGACAUUAGAUCUUCGCGACAAUGCAUUGUCAGGUGUCAUUCCACCUUGGCUUGGUUCUCUCUCAGAAUUGAGGGCUCUCUUGUUGGCAGGAAAUAGUUUUGAAGGGCUAAUACCAGAGGAAUUGUGCCAACUUCGCAGUAUAAGUUUGAUGGAUCUCUCUCGCAAUCAUUUUUCUGGAAGGAUUCCUUCAUGUUUCGGUAAAUUGGCAUUUGGGAAUUAUUCACAAGCUUCUGAUGGAACAUUUCAAAUACCCAAUUCUGCUGCGAUGGAGGGAGUCACUAAACGUUAUGGUGAGAAAACACCCAUAUAUGUUGAAAUUAGUAUGUAUACUAUUGCGAACAGUCCUGAAGAAGUGGAGUUCACGUCAAAGUAUAGACAUGAAUCAUAUAAAGGUAUAGUGUUGGAACAAAUGUCUGCGCUAGACCUCUCUUGCAAUAAUCUGUCCGGGUCCAUUCCCCUCGAGGUUGGCUAUUUGGAUGAUAUCCAUUCCCUGAACCUCUCGUACAAUCAUCUGACUGGAUCGAUACUGGUUACAUUCUCUUAUUUAGACCAAUUAGAGAGCCUGGACCUCUCGCACAACGGCUUAAGUGGCGAGAUACCACGACCAUUGAUAGGUCUCUACCGCAUGUCGACAUUCAGCAUCGCUUACAACAACUUGUCUGGAAGGACACCGGAGCAGAAAUGGCAAUUUGCGACUUUCACAAGAGAGAGUUACAAAGGCAACCCAUACCUAUGCGGACCACCACUGGAAACAUGCAACAGUACGGAGGGAUCACCAUUAACACCACCACCCGCAGAGCAUCAAGAGGACUCUUUCAAAAUUGCCUUCGCAUGGAGCUUUGCGGGAUCAUAUGUCGUGGCAUUCCUCGGAACUGUCUUAUUCCUCUGUCUCAGCUCUUACUAUAGGACUCUCUUCUUUAAUUUCCUCUAUAGGCACGUCCCCUACUUUCAUUGACAGGCUUAUCUAUGUACUAAAUAAGAGAGAUUCCUGGUAUGGCCUCUCAUAUAUAUACGUGGGUCUUUUCUGCGUAAUUUUAUGUAUGUGAUGUUUCUUCCUUAUAAAGCAAAUAAGCAAUGCGAACCGUUAUGCGACU